CUUCCUGUCGUUGGGAAGCCAGGAUCACACAUCACCAAAAAUGUCAUUUUGGAGGGUUCACGCAAGUACCCGGAUUCGCCCUUUAUCCUCCCCAUGUCUCCUCCCAUCGUCGUCCUGCCCAUCGGCAUCCAGGAUGAAGUGCGAAACCUGCCCGAGUCCCGCGUCUCCUUCACGCAAGAACAUCAGCGCAACUUCUUCGCCCAGUAUACGGGCAUUGGUGACCAUCGGCCCGAAAUGAUCAAGGCUAUUCGCAUCGACCUCACCAGACACAUUGCCAGCACGCUCCCGGCUCUUCAGGAGGAAGUGCGAUUCGGUUUCGACAAGGAAUUUGGCGACUGCAAGGAAUGGUCGCCAUUUCCGGUCUAUCUCAAGGUCCUCCGCGUUGUCGCCUUGAUGAACGGCCGCAUCUUCGUGGGACGUCCUCUAAGCCGCGAAGAAGAGUGGAUUCAGUCCACCAUCAGCUACACCAUUGAUUGCGUCAAGGCUCGAAAUGCUAUUCGAGAACAUCCCGUUUGGAAGCGAAGAUGGAUCACCAGGAGUCUGCCCGAGAUCGCCAAGCUAUCCCACCAUCGAACGCGCGGUGGUGAGAUGCUGGAACCUAUGAUGAAAGCCCAGCUGUCAAAGCCGUCGUUCAAGGAGAAGCUGCACAACCCCGAGUCUGGUGAUGAAGAGGGCAACUUUAUCGAAUGGAUCCUCAAGUACACUCCUGAAAAUCUGCGGAACGAUCCCGAGAACCUGGCUGUCAACCAGAUGGUUUUGUCGUUUGCUGCCAUCCACACCAGCUCAAUGGCUACAACUCAUACUAUUCUUGACCUUGCGGCGCGACGCGAGUACAUCCAGCCUCUUCGUGACGAGAUUGACGAGAUCAAGGUCGCCGACGGAGAUGAGAUGGAUGGCGACGGCUUUGUGAGACUCAAGAAGGAGAGCAUCAACAAGCUUCGAAAGCUUGACAGUUUCAUGAAGGAAAGCCAGAGGUUUUCGCCUCCCAUUUACACUUCCGGAACCCGCAUCUGCACUUCUGAUAUUCACCUCUCUACCGGCCACACUCUGCCUUCACAUGAUCGUUCCCUCACACUGCCCAAGGGCACUCGCAUCUGCUUCCCCUCAUUCGCUGUGCAAACUGAUCCCCGAACGACCACGUUCUCUCCCGAGUACAACCCGGCAGGAUACACGCCGCCUGACCAAUUCGAUGGCAUGCGCUUCUACAACCUGCGUAAUAUGCCCGGAAAGGAGAGCCGUCACCAGUUCGCCACUGCUGGACCGGAGUCGCUCACCUUCGGCUACGGUAACCAUACCUGCCCUGGCCGAUUCUUCGCUAGCAACGAGAUCAAGAUUAUCCUGGUCGAGCUCUUGAUGAACUGGGACUUUAGACUGAAGGGUGAUGUCGAGCUCAAGGGCGGUGCGGAGAAGAGGCCGCCGAAUGUCGAGGUUGAUCUGGUCAUCACGCCAAACCCGAUGGCCAUGAUGGAGUUUAAGCGCAGAAGAGCUUAAGCAGAGAAUUCACUGAACG